UUCUCACAGAUCACACCCUGGCAGGUAAUGGCUAUGGAAAAUGACUCUUCAGUGACAGAGUUCAUCCUGGUAGGAUUUACAGACCGACCUCAGCUCCAGUUACCCCUUUUCUUUCUCUUUUUACUGAACUAUGUGGUCACUAUGGUAGGAAAUUUGAGCCUAGUUAAUCUAAUAUGCCUGAAUUCUCACCUGCACACUCCCAUGUACUUUUUCAUCUUCAACUUAUCCUUCAUAGAUUUCUGCCACUCUUUGGUCAUUACCCCUAAAAUGCUGAUGAGCUUUGUCUCAGAGAAGAACAUCAUUUCCUUUACAGAAUGCAUGACUCAGCUGUUUUUCUUCUGUUUCUUUGUGCAUUCUGAGUGCUAUGUGUUGACAGCCAUGGCCUAUGAUCGCUAUGUGGCCAUCUGUAAACCUCUGGUAUACACGGUCACCAUGUCCCCUCAGGUCUGUUCUCUGCUCAUGUUUGGUUCUUACGUGAUGGGGUUUGCUGGUGCCAUGAUCCACACAGGGGACAUGGUCAGAUUGUCCUUUUGUGAUUCUAACAUCAUCAACCAUUACAUGUGUGACAUCUUCCCCCUCCUCCAGCUCUCCUGCAGUGGCACCUAUGCCAGUGAGUUGCUGAAUUCCAUUAUUGUGAGCACAGUUGUCAUAAUAUCCGGCUUCAUUAUUUUCAUUUCUUAUGCUUUGGUCCUGUCCAAUGUCCUCCGUGUCUCAUCAGCUCAGGGUUUGCCCAAAGCCUUCAGCACCUGUGGCUCCCACAUAGUAACUGUGGGUCUGUUCUAUGGGUCUGGGUUGUUCACACAUCUCAAGACCUCUCCUUCUGAUUCUGUGGACCAGGGGAAGUUCUUCUCAGUAUUUUACACCAAUGUAAUACCCAUGUUGAACCCCCUCAUCUAUAGUCUAAGGAACAAGGAUGUCAAAUGUGCUCUGAAAAAAACCCUGAAGAGAAUUGCAAACUAA